AUGAGUUCACCUCAAGCUGUUCAACCACUCACAGCAUUUGAAUAUCAAAUAAUCAAUAAUGCUCAAAAUGCAGUUACGGAAGCGCAAGAAAUUGUCAAAGUGAGUUUUUUGAAGCCUGAAAUUAUCACCAAAAAUACCUGAAUUUUUUACAGAUCGUUGAAAAUCGACUGAUCGCUCCUAUGCACUUUUCAAAUAGGAAACUCACGUUUCAAUUAGCGAGCAAAGUGUUCUAUCAGGCUUCUAUGUUUGAUUUUAUUCUCGUAAGUUUUCUAAAAAAAUCAAGAACAUAAUAUUAUUUUUUUCAGGUAAGAGUUUUUCAAGCUAUUUCAAAGGACCCACAAGAUAACGCCGCUCGGGAAUAUUUGGAACAAGUCAACAUGGAGAUUGGCUUUAAUCAACACAUUCUGAUGGAGGUAUUUUUUUUUGUUUUCAUAGAUUUUUUGCCAGUCGAAAAAAAAAAUUUCAAUUAGAAUUUAGAAAAAAAAAGUAUUCUUAAGCUUUGUAGGCUCAACUUUGAAAACAUUCGAACUCAUAAAUAUUCUAUUUCAGCAUUUCUCCGCCUUCAAAGAAAGUGAUGCGUAUUUCACAUGGUCGUCAUAA